AAACGUGGCCCCGCCCAAAGCCUCACUUGGGGAACAGGUUAAGAGCAGGAGGCACAAAUUACAACAGAGCGCUGGUUAAAACGAGACCUGACACAAACUGGAAGGGCUCAGCGCAGCGUGGGUGCCCAGGGAUCCACUGCCUGAGUGUGGGGAGAGCAGCAGCGGCCGACACCCCGCAGACAUGAACCACACCAAGGGAGGCCUGGUCAUCUUCACUGCCAACUCGCACCCAUCGAGCCGCGAGCUGGGAAAAAGGAUAUCUGAGCGGUUAGGGGUGGAACUGGGCAAGGUGCAGGUCUACCAGGAGGCCAACAGAGAGACGCGGGUCCAGAUCCAGGAGUCUGUGCGAGGAAAAGAUGUGUUUGUGAUCCAAACUGUGUCCAAGGAUGUGAACACCACCAUAAUGGAGAUGCUGAUCAUGGUGUAUGCGUGUCGGACGUCCUGUGCCCGCAGCAUCACUGGAGUGCUUCCCUACUUCCCCUACAGCAAGCAGUGCAAGAUGAGGAAGAGGGGCUCCAUCGUGUCCAAGCUCAUCGCCUCCAUGAUGUGUAAAGCAGGCCUGACGCACCUGAUCACCAUGGACCUCCAUCAGAAAGAAAUCCAGGGCUUUUUCAACAUUCCAGUGGACAAUCUGAGAGCAUCACCCUUCCUGCUGCAGUACAUCCAAGAGGAAAUUCCUGACUAUAGAAAUGCAGUGAUAGUGGCCAAAUCCCCAGCUUCUGCCAAAAGGGCUCAGUCUUUUGCUGAGCGUCUGCGUUUGGGCAUUGCUGUGAUCCAUGGUGAAGCACAGGAUGCAGAGUCGGACCAGGUGGAUGGGCGACACUCUCCUCCCACUGUCAAAACCACUGGAGCCAUCCACCCCAGCAUGGAGAUCCCAUUGCUGAUCCCCAAAGAGAAGCCUCCCAUUACUGUGGUAGGGGAUGUAGGAGGACGCAUCGCCAUCAUAGUGGACGAUAUCAUCGAUGAUGUGGACAGUUUUGUGGCUGCAGCAGAGACUUUAAAGGAGCGGGGAGCCUACAAAAUCUACGUCAUGGCCACUCAUGGUCUGCUGUCCUCGGAGGCACCACGCUUCAUCGAGGAGUCUGCUAUAGAUGAGGUGGUGGUAACCAACACGAUCCCCCACGAGCUACAGAAACUCCAGUGUCCAAAGAUUAAGACUGUGGACAUCAGUAUGAUCCUGUCUGAGGCCAUUCGCCGCAUUCAUAAUGGAGAGUCCAUGUCCUACCUGUUCCGCAACAUUGGCGUGGAUGACUAAAACACACACACUUACUCCAGUCCUCUGAAGUCCUCAGAAAUCACCAAACAGCACUGCUCAUGUUGUACUAGCGCCACCUCAUACUAACGCUAAUCCCAGACUCAAACAUGCACUUAGACUGAACAGGUUUAGUCUUAGUUUUGAAAUAAAAGCCAGUGACUGCCCUCUUUGUACUGUUACCUCUGUUACCAUAACUAACAUGUUUGUAACUCAUCUCUUAAUGUAGAAUGUCUUUGUUAAAUAUUGUUACUAUUGUACUGCAGUGUGUCAGUGCCUUGGACAAAAAUAUUCAUAACACGCCUUCAGUUCGUUGUAGCUUGGUCACAUUGAACAUAACAAAGUGUUAUAUUUUAAUUUUGAAGCAAUGGUUUAGUGCUCUGUUAGAGGAUUUUCAACAGUUUUGUUAUAAAUAAAUGUAAGUAUAUGAACACAAGCAAAGAAAGCAGGUUAACCUGUGUUACUGUAAAGAAAACUUAAUAUUACAUACAUAAGCGUUAUGAUAUUUCAAUGUUUUACAUAAUCCAAUCAUUUAAAAUUAUAAACCUAAAAACAAUUGCUUUUCUGAUUCUAGCUUUUUUUUCAGAGAUAACAAACCAAACACAGUGAAUUAUUACAAAGCUACGAAACCUUUAGAUUAAUUUAUACUUUGUGUUUGCCAUAUGUGUGUUUGCCAUAGUGCUUAGCUGCGCAAAUAUUCAAGUAUCCUGUGCUAAAGCUUAACUGGAUUUUCCAUUUUUUUUAAAUGAUUUUAUUUUGUGCCAUCAUUAAUAGGUUUUCAUGGGUCAAAUGUCUCCUAUCCCAUCUUCCUAUCUCUCCUUCCUUAAGAGUUAACCAACUUUGAAGCGCUUGGAGUUUUUUUGAUGAAUUAUUGGUAACUAAUUUAACUAUGUUGGAAGAAUUAGAUUUUUUUGACAAUAUUUGACUGAAGCAGGUCUUUGUCGCUGUAUCAGGUUUCUCAAAUGUUUUGUAUUUAUUUUAAACACUGAAGAUAAAUAAUAAAGACCAAUAAUGCUUAACCUA